CGUCCCAGAGGUGGCACUGGAAGGCCAGGUUUCACUCUGGCACUCUUGUUGCCUACAUGGGUUUGAUUUUUGCUGUCUCCUUCAGGGUGUAAAUGUCAUCUGUCUGCAAUGUCUGGGCUUGUGAGCAGAGCCAGCUUGCCCUUCGUCAAGUGAAUUGGAUGAGGAUAGUAUGACGCUGGUGUCCCUGGAGUGAUACCCUCAUCACCCUGUGUGUGGAGUUGAUGUGCUGAGAUGAAGGCAGGGAAGCACUCUGCUGAUAUGGGCUGAAUGCUGACUUUCCCCUCUCUUCUCAAGCAGUUCAGCAAAAGCUGAUGGAAUUCCAGGUUAAUGGAGGAGAUCACUUUAUACUAAACCCUUGGCCAUCUGCUCACUUUCCAAUUACAAACACUGGGUGUGAUUUGUGGCUGUGCCCUUGGGAUGGGGUGAUGAGAGCAGCCCCAUAGGCUUGUGUUCUGAGUGAGGGGCAGCAUGCUCUGCAGUUGCUGGUAAGGAGCAGGGAUGAUAGUGGGCAGAGCUGCCUGCUGCAAGCUGUGUGGAAGGUUUCCUGGGGCUGAAUCCAUAUGAACACAGCUAGGGCCGUCGGCUGGGCACCUUGUGCUGAGGGUGAGACAGGGUAGGAGGCAGCUGUCUGUCCCAGCAGCCCUGACAGCACACAGUGCAGGAGGAUGUUGCUAACUCUGGUUAGAGCAUCCCUGUGCUGCUGAAGUGAUGUGGCUGGGUCUUGCCUAACUUUUCCGGCCUCUGCCCAGCUCCUGCUCCCCGGUACCUGGCAGAGCUGGAUUAAGGAUACCUUGAGAGAAUGGCCUUCUGCCAGGUUUCAUUUGCAGUACUUCCAGCUUGGCCCUCUUUCCAGCAUGCGGGCCUCAGGGCUCUGUUGCCAAAGCUACAGCUGCAGCUGCAUUAUCUUGGACUACAGCACUCCUGCACAAUGUGAGUGCUUGGUGGUGGGAGUGAAGACAAGGAUGUGGUGACUGGGAGGAGUUGUCCCUUUAAACACUGGAUCCAGGGAGGGUAAUCUGCCAGAGAUUAUCUGGUGGGGAGAGGAUUGGCAUUAAAGGGAAUGUCUCCUCCCCUUUCCCCUUGUCCUACAGCAUGGAAACCAAGUUCACUUUCUCCUGGGGAAGUAGAGAGAGGCCUUUGAUUUGAGGGAUAAGGGGAGGAGGGCAGAGUGUGCGCUAUGGGACUGGGCCUCCUCUUCCUCGCCGUGCUGGCCACGCUGGUCUCCUGUGAGGACCCAGAAGGACACCUGGACACUUACUGGUCUGGCACAGCACCCAUCUGUUUGGGAGGCUGCAAGGGAAAGCACAAGGAGCUGAAGAGGAGCCAGUGUGGGAAUGGCAGCUGCUGCUGGCUGGGAUACAAGUCCUUCUGCAGAGUGAACUGUGGGCGACCCGAAGCAGAUUUCCACUCGGUGGUGUACGGCAAUGACUGGUGGGUCGGCUCCGUGGUGCGGUACAGCUGCAGACCUGGGUUCCUGCUGCUGGGGGACCCAGCCAGUGCCUGCCAGUCCGAUGGCCGCUGGACCCCCAAGCCCACCUGCCUCCGGAUCUGCCUGCGAGGUCGGAUUGAGAUCAGUGAGAGGGACAUCACUGGGAGAUGCUCUUCAUCUUGCAGCACCCAGGCCCACCUGGGAGCCUUCCUCAAACGUGGCUGCAUCAAGAUCUCGGGCUGUGUCACCAAGCACUCGGGCUGGGCCCGCUGGUUCCUGCGCUGUGAUGUCUGCGAGUGUGACUGCUAUGUCCCGUGUGGUGAGUCCUGACAGCUGCUGCUCACCUUUGCUUCCUCUGGAUAGAGUUGGGCCACCCAGGGCUGGCCCCAUGCCGAGGGAGGCUUCAACCCCGGAUAUCUGCUUACCUUCAUCAUUG